AUGUUUGCAGGCCUGGACAGCGAGUCGAUCUGGUCGGAGCUGGAGUUGCGGAACGUUCCGCUGGAGAAGCACACAAAGAAGACCCUGGCGCGUCUGCUGCAAAGCGAAGACAUGUCGCUAGCUGCGGACAUCGCAUCGGACGAGGAGGCUGAAGGUAGAGAGGAGGCUAGCGAUGGCGAGGAGGCUGAUGAUGGCGACGCAGACAUGGAGGGAGGUGAUAGCACAGCGUUGUUGUUGGGUGGUGGAAGCGUCAGUGAUGGAGACGACGACGCGAAGGGAGAGGUGGAUGGGGAGGAUGGCAGCGAUGCUGACGGCGAUGAAAGGGAUACCAGCGCAUUUAAAGCACGAGGGAAGGGGGACAAGGCAACGGGCACAACGAAGAGCAGCAAGCAAGCCAAGAACCAAAAGACCGAAGACAUGUUCUUCGACGCCGAUGACAUGGAAAAGUUUGCGGACGAAGGCACCAUGGAUGAUGAUGAUCUCGAGGACGGCGUGCUCGACGAGAUGUACGGUGGAGGAGGGGGCGACGCCGAUUCAGGGGAAGAGAAAGAUCAGGAAGACGACUCGGACGAGGAAGACGACGCGGAGAUGAUGGAGGAGCUCAUGCAAGAGGAGGCGGAAUCGGAGGACGAGCAAGUCGGUGGCGGGAUCAAGCACGAGGACUUCUUCGACGACGGCGACGAUGGUGACAAGCCAAGGAGCAAGCGGAGACUGUCGAAGAAGAAACAGUCUAGCAGACGUCAGCAGGAGGAGGAAGAGGAAGGAGGUGCAGAGAGCGACGGGGAUGACGUCGAUGACGGGGAAGACGGUGAUGCAAGUGACGACGAGGGAGAGGAAGAAGAAGAAGAAGAAACUGGGGUCUUGUCAGCGCACGUGCAGCACUCUAGGCGGAUGAAGAGCAAGAUCUCCGACCAAGAGAGAGAGCUGCUGGCGGAGAAACCGUGGGCGUUGAGAGGCGAGGUGCACUCCCACGACAGGCCGCAGAAUAGCCUGCUGGAGGCAACCGUGGACGUUGAGCGCGCCACACGUGUAGCCCCACCCCCAACGGCGGAGCACGCGAUGACGCUGCUGGACAUGAUCAAGAAGAGGUGCUUGGACAGCAACUGGGAUGAUGUCACCCCGCGGGACCUCCAAGGACCUACCGUUCGGAAGGAGGCUCCUCACCUAUCGCAGGACAAGAGCAAGGAAGGCCUUGGCGAGCUGUACGAGAAAGAGUUCUUGAAGAAAACCAUGGGUGUGACGGAGGACGAUCCUCAGAAGGGCCUCAAGAACGAACUGAAGCAUCUCUUCUCCAAGCUGUGCGGGAAGCUGGACGCUCUGUGCAACUUCCACUACACACCGAAGGCCGCCAUCCCAGAGAUGAAGGUCCAGGCCGACGUGGCCGCCAUUGCCAUGGAGGAGGUAUUGCCUUCGUCUGUCGCAGACGCGGAGGCCCUGGCGCCCGAAGAACUUUACAAGAAAAAGCGGGGCCGAGAAGCAGAGUUCUUGGAAGGUGGGGCAGAGAUGAGCCAGGAGGAUCGAAAACGGUCGCGUUCGUCGAAGAAGGCCGUCAGGCGGAAAGCCAGGCGACAGGCGGAAGCGGCCCAGAAGCUGGUGUCCAAGCUCAAUCCGGGUCUCGGGAACAAGUACGAGAAGGCCAAGAUGAUGAGGGACAUCCAGGGUGCCAAGAACGUCACCACCGCCACAGGGGGCGAGGAAUCAACUGGACGGGAAUUCAGCACCUCUGCGAAGUUCUUCAGUCAGCUUCAGGAAUCCGUGACAGCAAGCGUCAAGUCGACAGGGAAGGGCAUGGACGGAGAUGCCAAGGACACAAGCAAGAAAGCAGCUCAACUGAGGCUAUGA